AUAUCUUGUUGACUUGUUGUCUUCGAAAUAUUUUCACUUUCUUUAUUUGUCUUCGAACAGUAAGUUUGAACCCAUAAGAGACAACAACUCCAACAUCAAAUGCCGGAUAGUAAUCUACGGCGACGGGUGCCGGUGAAAGGUGGCCGGAGAUCAAGGCCACCGCAUCCGUCGCCGUCGCCGAGGCGGAGGGGACCCUCUAAACAGUCCACGCCUAUUAAGAUAUUGAAGCGAUGCUUUUCGGAGCCGAGUCUUUGGAGUAGUUUCAGCGAUGGUGAUGGAGAUGUAGCAGAUCAGAUACCAAUGAGUUUUGGGCACGAAGGAGAAGGUAUUUUGUGCAGGCCACAGACUUGUACUGACGUUUUUGCAUCGUCUCCUUCUCUGAUUGCUUUCUCUCCCCAAAGUAAUCUUGAGGGAUUUAGGAAGGAUGCUAAAGUGGUGGUUAAUGUGACAGUGGAGGGAAGUCCGGGGCCAAUCAGGGCCAUGGUUAAAUUGGGAUCUAGUGUGGAUGAAACAAUUAAGCUUGUUGUAGAUAAGUACAAUGAAGAAGGGCGGACACCUAAGCUUAGUCGAGAUGAGGCAUCCUCUUUUGAGUUGCAUCACUCUUAUUUCAGCCUUCAGAGUAAGUAUUAUCUAGAAAUUAAUCCAUUUAAUUGCAGUUGUAAAUAAGUAAAUAUCUAAUCAAAUCCUCGCUUUUCUAUGUUUACUUCGCACACACUUGUGAAAGCAUUUCUGGAGUGAAAGUUUAAAUCUUGGAAGCAAAUAGAGAAAUUCUUGUAAUACUUUCUGUUGAAGUAUUCAUUUUCUUCU